UUGGAGCAGUCUGAAAUUGCAAAGGAGCUGCUGCGUGUCACAGAGGCACACACAAAGCGUGAAAAGUCCCUUCUUUGUCCGUUUCCUCUGAAGAGAAAAAGUGAACAAGAAUUGAAAUUCCUGGGAGGAACUAAGUAAUGCUACCUGCUGGACCAUGGCUUCUUUGUAAAUGAUAAGUCAUUUGACAUAUGCUGGGAAACCACACUUGGGUGCCUCCGCUGACUGUGCAGGAAUAUGAUCUUGCAGGGCUAUACAUAGGAAGACUGCUCUGAGACCUGUUCCAUUCCCAGAUACUGAAAAUGCAGACAGAUAUAGUACCAUGACUGAGAAAUCAGAGGUUCAACAGCUCCACAGAUGACAUUGGAAUUGAAAAGGAUAAAAAUAAAAAAUAUGGUGUUCAGAAGAUAUCAGUUUACAGUGAGCUCAAGUUUCCAGCUUGCAGAGAGGUGUUUGUUUUUUAGAGAGGAUGGUGUGCUGCUCCCAGCAAAGAUAUGUAAACAUUUUCUACCAAGCCAGAAUGCUCUUCCUAAAGCUCCUGUCUCAUUUCUACUGAAGCAUUUAGGCCUCAGCGGGUCUAAGAGCUUCAAGAAUGGCCAGAAGCGAAAGAAAGUGCUGUGUCUAGGAUAGAGUGCAGAGCAGAGAUUUUGCUGGGCAGAGCAAGCAGCCAGGUGCCCAUCAGCUCUUCUGCACUUGUGUUGUCUCCUGACUCAUCUGCCUGCUCCUGAAAAUGGAGUAUGUCUGGUAUUGGCUCGAUGAUUCCAACCAGUGGAUUGAGUAUGGGAAAGAGCACCCAGGUCAUGCCACUGCCACUGUAACAUCUGCAUUUCUGGAGAAUGAAUAUCAAACUGACAAGAAUGGUGUUAUUUUCUUCAGGGCUGGUUCUCAGCAGUAUCAGUUAGACUUUGCAGACAUGGUCCAAACAAAUGUGCUCUUUAAGACUCAAAGAAGUGUUACUCGACUGCCUAAAGAGUCUGAAGAUGGACAAGAUGGAAGCCAAAACAUGACUCUAUCACAUCCUGCCUAUCCUCCACAGUGGGACCAAACUGCACUGCCUGAUAUUGGGUACAAGUUAAUACAGCUCAGCACUGAUUCCCAAGAAUAUAUAAAAAUCAAGAGGCUGUUUGAGAAGACAAUGAAAGGUUACUGCAUCAACCAGCUGCAGAGGAUUCAGAACCCAACACUUUGGGACAUCUUUCAGUGGCAAAAAGAAAAGAUGAAGAAGCUUCAUAAAUCGAAAGGGGUGAACGAGAGGCUCCUGUUCCAUGGCACAAGUUCAUCCCAUGUGUCUGCCAUCUGUGAGCAGAACUUUGACUGGAGGCUCUGUGGGACUCAUGGGACAAUGUAUGGAAAAGGAAGUUACUUUGCCAGAGAUGCCAGCUAUUCCCACGAGUACUGCUCCUCUCUCGGUGGGCGCUACCGCAUGUUCGUAGCUCAGGUUCUCGCUGGAGACUUUGUGCGGGGCAGCCCUGAGUACUGCCGCCCUCCGCCCAGAGACAAAAACUCAAACAGACUUUAUGACAGCUGCGUGGACGACCCCACAGACCCUUCCAUCUUUGUCAUCUUUGAGAAGCAACAAGUUUACCCUGCCUAUAUCUUGGAAUACAGCCUUGAGACCAGCUGUGUGGUCCUGUAGUGAAUGGUGGAAUGUCUUUUGAAUUCACACUGAAUAAAUUAC